AUGAGAGUUCAUUUGAAGAGCGCAAGCAACACCAAAGAAUUUGCUGCCCUUCUUCUCACAAUCGGCAAUGGGACACUACCAUCCACAGAUGGUACAACUGUACAAAUCCCAAAAGCACUUGGCUUAAACCUACCAUCACCAGAAGACCUCCUGAACCAUGUAUACCCCGACAUACACCUCCAUGCACACAACAUCGAAUGGCUCAUCGAGCGUGCAAUUCUGGCUCCACACAACGACACAGUCCGAGAAAUCAACUGGCAACUACUUCAAAAAUACCCUGGCCAAGAAACUGUCUUCACAUCCAUAGACACAGUCCCACAAGAUGACCAAGCCGUCCAGUACCCAUCAGAAUUUCUUAAUUCCCUGCACCCUUCUGGAAUGCCACCACAUCUACUUACGGUGAAGGUUGGAAUACCAAUCAUAUGCCUUCGCAACCUCACACCAACAAUGGCAAACGGUACCAGAAUGAUUGUCACAAACAUCACCCCCAACUGCCUCCAAGUGACCAUUGCAACAGGACCAAACAUCCUUCAUUCCACGCAUCCCUUUGAUUCCCAGCGACUCCGUCUUGCCAUUCUCCUUCAGAAGAGUCCAAUUCCCUGUACAACUCUGCUUUGCCAUGACCAUCAACAAAGCCCAAGGCCAAACACUUGA